AUGGAGAUUAACAUCCAGAUCAAGAAUGCGCAGCCCGAAGACUUACUGCAGGAUACCGAGCAGAGUGCAGUUGGAUCUGGUGCAAAGGCAAAGCGAAAAGCUCAGCCAUUCUCGGCGUUCCGCAAGCAUGAGGGACGCACUAUGAGAAGCCCCGCCUACGCCAAAGCCGUCAUCUUCGUCGGGAUUGCCCGCGCUACCACCGGUGCCAUUACAAACAACGGCAAGCACAAGACCCGCCAGACCGCUGCUGGUCAAAAAGAGAGCCAUGGACUCCAGAUCUCCAAGACGGAGUCCCUCACGAAGGACAACAUCCAGAUCGUACGCUCCCAGGACAACAUCCAGAUCUCAUUCCCCCAGGACAACGCAGAGAUCCAGGGCAUCGGGCAGUUCAAGGUCAACUGGAAGGACAUUGAGAUUCCACAGUUUCCCAUACACGAUUCCACCAAGCAGUACGUGGAUGCACUUUGCGCUGCAGCGGAGUUCAGGAUCGACCAGGGAGUUCUCUUGGAGCAUGACCUCACGUGGGACAGAGGAGGCGACCCAACUCCAGAGACAAUGAGAAGAUUCUAUUUCUUGCAAUCUUCAGACCUCACCCUGCAAAAUCCUCCUCUACCAACUCGGCAAGAAAAGAUCCUAUUCUGGUCGCAUGCAACAGAUGUGGGAGCGUUAUUCAACAUGUUGAAAGAGCGAAAUAUGCGUCCGAUGAACGCGCAUGGAGUGGCAGCCUUUGGAUGCAACAUCUUCUAUGCCCUCGGCCACGAGAUGUCCGGAUCAGACAUCGACGAACACAACCUGACCAGGGUGAUCUUCAACACCACACGGAGCGCCAAGAACCUGGCAGGCAUCGUCGUGGGGGGGCGUGCAUGGGGAUCACUUCGCAAGCAUCUUGGCGGAUCCUAUGAAACAGCUCGGGCAGCCACUGAAGAGGACGAAGUGCUCAAGGAUGCGAAUGCAAAAGCUUAUUGCGUAUCUCGCAACAGAUAUUGCUUCACAUGCAUUGCGUUCGAGCAGCUGAUGACACCGCCUUCAACAGCCAAUACGCUCAUCUCGCAGUACCAGAGAGCUGCAGGCAUCACUCCCCAAGGGAGCAUCGAAUAUGCCGUGGUGGGCGUCAGGCAGCGGGAGCGCAUCGAGCACACCAACUCCGGCACCCUUGCCAGCGACAACACCGUUGCCGUCGUGGCCACCUAUGCCUCCGCCCGCAUCCAGCCCGGCUACGCAACCUUUGCCGCCGCCGCCGCCACCGUGCAACACACAGCCGGAGCCAGCCAAUGCAACAAGUACACCGACGACAUCGGCAACCACGGACUUGCAGGCAUGGACGUCCGUGAUGUCACAGUUGCGCAUUUUUGCAGGCAUGGCAUGGAGGAAUUUGGACUUCGAGGACUUUCCCACGGCAAGUUCACCGGCAUGAUUCUGACCCGCAACAUCGCCGAGAGCGUCCUCCUCUCCCAGCUCCAGAAGAAGCUCCGCGAGAACAACAUCGACGUGGAUGCCACCAUCGACGCCAUCCACCAAAGCAAAGGACAAAAAGCCCCUGACAAGGUGAAAGAGGCCAUCACCUUUGUUGCACCCCUCGUCGACACCAUCAUGGAUGCCAUCAAACCUUGGGCACAGGUGCGCAACUACGGCGCCAAGAACACCGAGGGCGACAACCAAGCAGCACAACGCAUGCAAGUCUUGGAAGAGCAGACCGCCAAGUACAAACAACGCCUACGCAGUGCCGGCAUCGACGUCACCCCUCAAAAGUCCCUCCCACUGCAAAAUGAGCCAAAUGAAGGCCCAGAAGCAACGGCGGCACCACCAAAGCGCAGACGCCUCACAAAGGGAGCCAUCAAGCAGCGCAAUGAGGACAUCCUCGCCGAGCCCCACAAUGUGAUCCGUGCCAGUGGACAAGAGCCUCCGACAAGUAUGACAUCAAUUGCAACUUGGAUCACCAACCUCAAGAAGAGUCUCCCCCGAGACAAGCAUGCGGAAGUGGAUAAUCACAUACAGUCCGUGCAGACCAUCCUCGAAGGAGCCAAAUACACCAAGGCCGAACUACAGGAGAUGGCUACGAGAUGGGGACUUCCCAUGUCCCUCACUACAGCGCCAAAGGCUUCACCCAAAAACCUUCAGCAGCUGAUCGCCGCCGUCACCUACCUCGCCGUGCUCAACAAGCAAACCUAUGCGACUGCUACCAGGGACGCAUCAUUUUGCUACAUCGGAUCCACCAACAUCACGGUGGCCAAGAGAGAGUACAACAGAGUCGCAAAACUUCGUCAACUACAACAACUCAAACUUCCCAAAAUCGAGAUCGCCAUUCGUUAUUGGAACGACUCCCAGACCUACCAGCACUACAGCACCAUCCUCCUUUCGCAGCACUCGGAGUAUAUUGACGCCUGGGCCGAAGAACACAGCCUGAUUCAGAGAUGGCAGCCCAAGCUGAACUACCCGUUUGUCACGAAGGAGCUGGUCAAGAAGGCGCAAUUCUGGAAGCUCUUGUACGCUAUCUCAAGCGACACCAAGCAAGAAUUUGAGGCCUCCAAGGAGCUACGCAGUGGCAAACAUGAGGCAACGCACCCCUCUCUCGAGCGAGCUCUGUGGAACCACAAGCGGAAAGUCACCGAUAUGGGCAGACACUGGAAGCCUACAGAAUGUCAGUGUGCCCAAUUCAUCAAGCAACAUCCGCGAGCACAAGUACACGAAGGACAUGUGGUGACGGGCUUAGAAACCUUACAACUACACAGCACAAACCAGAUCUUUCAGAACAUUGGGGCCGGGAACGCCUUCUACUCCUCCAAGAAGCGUAUCAAGAAGCAGCACCAAGAACAAUUUCAGCGAUGGCUCAAGCACCACCAAUUUCCUCGAGAUCAACGCAUCCUCGACGACUUUGACGACUUCUUUGAGCAGGAGUGGAAGCAACACAGACUACAACUUCAACGAGAGCCACGACUCACGCACAGAUUAGCAAAGAACAUAUUGGGCAUGAUCCCUGAUGACUACAUUGUGCACAACGAGGACCACGCCAACGCGCACCUCAUGAUCUACUGCCCGAACAUCUACAACCAAGCAGCCUACAACACUUGGAUGGACAAACAAACAUUCAGAAUGCUAGAUGCCGACCCUGCCGAGAUCAAGCAGGCCAUGAAAAACAACACUCCCAAGAUCGUCGCCAAGCACUACGCCAAGCUCCUUGACUACGAAAAGCCUCUUCCGUAUGGAUAUAUCCUCAUGAAACGGAAAAAGAGGUGGGCAAAAGGGAGGACUAUUAUCGCGUAUAGCAAUACGUGCAUCGGCAAACUGCUGAAGAUCGCGGCGCUAGCAUUACACCAGAUGUUGAGGAUAACAUGGCCCAACCAUUUUGGCGACGUCAGCUCGCCACAACUAUGGGAGGAAAUACACCAACUCUUCUACAACAACGAGCACCUGUACCCGGAGAGGCACUUGAAAUUUCUCAACCACGAUCUGGUCGGCUUCUUUAAUUCGAUACCACAAUCCGACAUCCUGCAGAGCAUCCAAUUCCUCACAUCUCAGUUCCUUGACGAGCAUAACGCCACCAUCACCGUCGAUCCGUACAACAAGAUCGCACCAGCGCAUUCAGGCCGCUCAACGCACAGCCUGAAGUCCAACAUGGUCAAGAUGCAGGCAGAGCACAUACCAGCCAUCAUUCAGUUCAGCUUCGACGCGUGUGCUUUCACAGCCAUUGGCGAAGUCUUCCAACAGACAUGCGGCACGUCGAUGGGAAACCAAAUCAGCCCCAUCCUCUCCACGUGCGCAAUCGUGGCCACAGAAAUCACAUGGCUACGCAUGUACGGUCAAUUUGUCAGCAGCGCCCACCUCCAUGACAAGUUCUGGAUCCGCAGGUACGUCGACAACAGAGCCAUUAUAGUUGAUGAAGACGAACUUCAGCACAACCCCUUCAUUCAGCAGCUUGCGUCCCUGCACUUCUACAAGAAACCAGUACAACUUGAAGACGAAGCGUGUGACGAUUUUCUGGGACUUCGCAUUCACGCAGACAAUCGCAAAAUCACGUACAAUCUCCACCGCGAGCCUUGGAGAUACAGACUCCCUCAGUCAGCCGGAACUACAAAGUUACGCCUCAGCGGAUAUCACAGCAGAAAGCAUCUCAUCCGCACCAUUGCCUACCCGGAAGAUGUAGCCCAGAGACAAAUUCAAGAACUGGACGACCUCUACGGUGACUUAGGGUAUGCGCGCCUUCUGAAAACUCAACAGAGCCAGAGACCGGACACCUAUGGGUUGAAGAAGACGACGGACCUGACCUAUCCCCAAAUGGACAACAUCGCGGUCACAACCUUGAAGUCAAACUAUCGCCUGAUCAUCUCGGCCUACACCACCAACCGCAUCGAGGACAUUUGCAGAGAAGACAAACGCUACCUUCGCAUGCUUGGCUUCAACCUCCCAUAA